AUGGUCGCCCUGGUCCCGAUCCUCUUCGCCAACUUGGCUGCCGUGCAGAUUGUUUUGCUCUCUCUCAUGACGGUUGUCUACCUUGUGACCGCCACCCGCGUGUUCCCUUGGGCGACGGAUUUGGCGAACAGUGCUGACUUGUUUCUGAACACGGGCCUCACCUUCUUCCUUAUCAUCUCGUCCUUCUUUGUGGAUGCCAGCGGCAGUGACACACGGACCUUCCUCAGUGGCAUGCUCAUGGCACUGAUCGGGCUGAUCUCCUUCGGCCUCCAGGCUCUGGCAUUGCGGGCGCUAUGGAAGCGAUUCCAUCCCGGCAAAAACUACAACUUCUUCCUCUGCCACCACAAGGCCGGCGCCGCCGUGCUCUGCCGGUGGCUGAAAAGCGAGAUGCUCCAGCAGUCUGGGGGGAAGGUCCGGGUCUUCCUGGACUCGGAUGAGCUCGAGGGGCUCGCUGACAUUGGCGAUAUCGUCAAAAGCCAGACGUCCGUGCUGGUCAUUGCAGCCACCAAGUUGGUGCUGACGCGCCCCUGGUGCGCUGUGGAGGUGGCCACUGCUGUGCGCAAUAAGAUCGACAUCGUUAUGGUGAAGUGUUCAGACUUCAGCUUCUACGACGAGGAGGGAUUUCGAGAGCUUCGCCAAGGGUGGACUAGCGCAGACAUCUUGAUCUUCGCACAGAACGCGUUGGACCCAGCCAUUGUGGAGGAGAGCUACCGGCAAUUGCCUUCCGUGCGUACCCUGGACUUCGAUGCAUUUGCAGACCCAAGUGACCUUGGCAGCAAA